UUUCGACUUUCCAAUUUAACGAAAGUAGCAAGCUCUAGCUUCAAGUCAUCCGCCAUGGCCAUCUCAAAGGCUUUAAUUGCUUCUAUUCUCAUUUCCAUUCUCGUUUUCUAUCUCGUUGAAGCUGAUCAAAUGGUGAACACAGCAGAUACAACAAAGGGUUCUCCGAGUAAAAAAAUAGAUUGUGGAGCAGCAUGUAGUGCAAGGUGUCAGUUAUCGUCUAGGCCAAACCUGUGCAAGAGGGCUUGUGGGACUUGCUGUGCUCGCUGCAGCUGUGUUCCUCCAGGCACUUCUGGCAACCGUGAUGUAUGCCCCUGCUACGCCACCAUGAUCACCCGUGGUGGCCAACUCAAGUGCCCUUGAAAAAUUAUAUAUCACAUCAGCCUUGCUAAUUGGUUGUGUUGGUAUUUGAAAAUAAAGUUGUGUACAAUUAUAGAUGCAUAUAUCACUUUGUAAACAAGCUAUUAAAAGAAUGGUUGAAUUUUUAUUUUUAUUUAUUUAUGAAAAAAGAAUGGUUGUAACUUGUA